CUUGUUGACUCGUGCCAAAGCGCGCAUGAUGAGAUCCAAGUUUGUCUCUACUCUGAGGCAAUUCACUAGAAGACGUCGUAAGGAGGCUGCAAUGAAAAAACGAUCAUUAGCCAUCCAGUCGCCUUUCCAGCCUGUGAAGGAUGUCGAGUACUUCUCUUCAGAAUCUAGUGAAGGUGAAGAACUCAGUCUCAGGCCCAGUCAUGUGUUUGCUUCGAAGUUAAGGUGGGUUGACUAUCCUUCAUCAUCGUCCAAGUCCCUGUUACCUGCCUUGGUUACUGAAGGAUCCAAAGGAAACCAUGGCAACAUUGGUAAGUUGGUUUACAUUCGGAGGUUCAUUUCAAACCUUGCUGGAUGGUGUCAUCCAUUUAGUAAGUUAAUGAAGAAGGAUGCACCAUUUGUAUGGGAUGAAGCAUGUCAAAAUGCUUUUGAAAGCAUUAAGGAAAACUUCCUUCACCCUCUAGUUCUUGUUGCACCCAUUCUUGGGAGACCAUUGAUCCUUUAUAUUGCUGCACAAGAAUAUUUCUUGGGAGCAUUGCUGGCACAAGUCAAUGAAGAAGGAAAAGAAAAUGCUCUCUAUUAUUUGAGCCGUACUCUUGUAGGGGCAAAAGUGAAUUAUUCACCCAUUGAGAAGAUUUGCCUAGCCCUGAUCUUCUCUACGAAGAAAUUGAGACAUUAUAUGUUGGCUCAUGUUGUACAUCUUAUUUCAAAAGCAGAUCCUUUAAAAUACAUCAUGUCAAAGCCGAUGCUCUUUAGUAGAUUAGUAAAAUGGGCACUAUUAUUGUCUGAAUUUGAAAUAAUUUAUGUGCCACAAAAGGCGAUAAAAGGACAAGCUUUAGCUGAUUUUCUUGCAGAUCAUCCAAUUCCAGCUAAAUGGGAGUUGUCAAAGGAUCUUCUAGAUGAGGAGGUGUUCUUUGUAGAUGUAUUGCCAUCAUGGGAGCUUUACUUUGAUGGAGCAUCAAGAAGAGAUGGUGCUGGGGUUGGCGUGGUGUUUGUAACACCAAAAAAUGAAGUAAUACCAUUCUCUUUUACUUUAACAGAACAAUGCUUCAAUAAUGUUGCUGAGUAUCAAGCCUUGAUUGUGGGCUUGGAGAUAGCUCUUGAAAUGCAAAUUUAUCAACUCAAUGUUUAUGGGGACUCAAGCUUGGUAGUGAAUCAACUCAUAAAGGAGUUUGAUGUUCGAAAACCAGAACUUGUCCCAUACUUCCAAUAUGCCUCUCAACUCCUUGAGAAAUUUGAUCUUGUCUCAAUUGCCCACGUUCUUAGAAGUCGAAACAAGCAAGCAGAUGCUUUGGCUAAUUUAGCUGCUGUCAUUGCAAGUCUCGAUAAUCAAGAAUAUGUGUCAUUGAGAAAGAAGAUUGGAGAUAACCAAUCAUCAAUUACUUACAACAUGGAAAGCUACCAGAUGAUCUACACCAAAAAUCCACAAUUCGAAGAAGGGCUCUACGCUUUGUUUACUUUUGUAACACCCUUUAUCAGCGAUCUUUUGAUGGAGUUCUCCUUAGAUGUUUGGAUGGAGAUGAAUCAUCCCAAGUGGUUGAGGAGGUGCAUUCUGGAAUUUAUGGAGCUCAUCACCACCGUAGCUUUACAUCCAACAAUAGCAUCGUGGCCCUUUCAUGCUAGGGGUUUAGAUGUGAUUGGACCCAUAACACCAAAAUCUUUAACUGGGCAUGCAUAUAUCCUAACAGCAACUGAUUACUUCUCCAAAUGGGUGGAAGCUGUAUCUUUGAGAGAAGUCAAGAAGGAAAAUGUUGUUGACUUCAUUCGAGUUAAUGUCAUCUGUCGGUAUGGUGUUCCAAGGUACAUAAUUACAGAUAAUGGCAAGCCCUUUAGCAACAGUCUCAUGGACAAGCUGUGUUCAAAGUUCAAGUUUACCCAACAUUUUUCCUCCAUGUACAAUGCUACUGUGAAUGGACUGGUAGAAGCUUUUACUAAAACCCUUUGCAAUCUCCUUAAGAAGGUUGUUUCAAAGUCCAAGUGGGAUUGGCAUGAAAGAAUUGGUGAAGCACUUUGGGCGUAUCGAACGACUCAUCGUACUCCAACAAAAGCAACUCCUUAUUCCCUUGUGUAUGGAGUUGAAGUUGUUCUCCCUUUGGAAUGCCAAAUUCCAUAUCUCAGGAUUGCCAUUCAGGAAGGUCUUACUGAUGAACAAAAUGCCAAGCUCCGUCUCCAAGAACUAGAAGCCUUAGAUGAGAAAAGACUGGAGACCCAGCAACACUUAGAGUGUUAUCAAGUCAGAUUGUCCAGGGCAUUCAACAAGAAGGUCCGACUAAGGGCAUUUCAAGUUGGAGAUGUGGAGUUAGCUGUUCGAAGGCCAAUUGUCAUUACUCAUCAUUUAGGGGGCAAGUUUACUUCAAAAUGGGAUGGUCCUUAUAUCGUGACAGAAGUUUACAGUAAUGGUGCCUAGAAGAUUGUUGACAAAGAUGGUCUACAAAUUGGUCCCAUUAAUGGAAAGUUCCUCAAGAAGUUUUACUCUUAAAAAGAAAAAUGUAAUACUCCUAAUCACAAGAGUAUAAACUGUAUGACCAAAAUAAAAAAAAAUGUAAUACUCCUGGCUUGCAAGAGUAUAAACUGUGAACGGCUCA